CGCCGCCGAGCCGCCCGCGCGCGAUGAGGGCGGCCCAGGCCGAGGGCGCCGAGGCGCCGUCGGGCGCGCGGUCCGUCAAGGUGGUCCUGGUGGGCGACGGCGGCUGCGGGAAGACGUCGCUGCUGAUGGUCUUCGCCCAGGGCGCCUUCCCCGAGAGCUACACCCCCACUGUGUUUGAGCGGCUCACCGUGAAUCUGGAAAUGAAAGGCAAACCCUUGAACCUCCAGAUCUGGGACACAGCAGGGCAAGUUGACUAUGAUCGCCUGCGGCCCCUGUUCUACCCUGAUGCCAGUGUCCUGCUCCUCUGCUUCGAUGUCACCAGCCCACCCAGCUUUGACAACAUCUUUAACCGGUGGUAUCCAGAGGUGAACCACUUCUGCAAGGAGGUGCCCAUCAUUGUUGUGGGCUGCAAGACUGACCUGCGCAAGGACAAGUCACUGCUGAAGAAGCUACGGAAAAAUAGGUUGGAGCCUGUGACCUACCACAGGGGCCAGGAGAUGGCGAGGUCUGUGGGUGCAGUGGCCUACCUCGAGUGCUCGGCCCUGCUCCAAGAAAACGUCCACGCGGUCUUCCAGGAGGCAGCCAAGGUAGCCCUCAGUAGCCGCAGUCGCAACUUCUGGAGGAGGCUUACCCAGACCUUUUGUGUGGUGAUCUGACAUCCUGAGGCCCUCUCUGUCCCAACCACCCCAGCAGCACAGGAAAGAGCUGGGCAUUGAGCUGCCCACUCGGCCGGGCUGGACCCAGUCCCCAGACCGUGAUCACCGUACUACACCUCAAACAGAUGGACACCACCAAGGCCGGGUCCCCAACCCUGGGGCUUCGAUCCCUGGACUAGAGCAUAACCCCCCUGAGGCCUGAGGAAGGGGGUUCCAGAGCCUGUCAGCCCUGUGGAGGGCUCAUCCUGGAGUCCUUUACAAUGACUACCAGACUCCCCGCUCCCAGCCUGGACCACACAUCCAGAAGAGCCUGUUCAAGCCUGGCGCCACCUCGCUGCUGUCACAGGGCUGCAUGUUCAGGAACAGGCAGUCCUAGGACCAGGGCCAGAACACACACCCUGCCCCUCCUCUCUCCCCCCCCGCCCAUCCAAUAGUGACCGUAACAACUAAAACAUCACUUGUCAGUUAUGUCAUGCGCUUUGCUUUACACACAUGUUCCACAGCAGAUGAGAGUCCACCACAUGUAGGCACUGGAGUGGGACUACCUGGAUCCAAGCCUGGCUUUAUCACUUUAGGACCUCGGGCAAAUUACUUGAACCCUCUGUGCCUUGGUAUCCCCAUCUGUGAAAUGGGACCAAUCAUAGAUGAUGUCAUGGAGCCUUUAAUGAGUAAGAACAUCAUGAGACACAUGCAAACUGCUUAGCAGGUGCCUGGCCCACAGUAAGUGCUCACAAAAGGUUCACAAGUGUUAUUUUUAUGUAUGAUAAAUAUAUAAUAUUGCAUAGAUGUAAUAUACUGAAUAAUAUUAUAUUAGGGUUUUCCAGAGAAACAGAACCAUGUAGAGCCAAUAGGAUGUGUGUAGAGAGAGAGAGAAAUUGUGAGGAAUUGGCUCACAGGAGCACAGGGGCUGGCAAGUCUAAAACCUGUAGGGCAGGCUGGAGAUUCAGGUCAGUUGAUGUCGCAGUCUUGAAUCUGAGUUCUGCAGGGCAGCAGGCUGGAUACUCAGGCUUUCUGUGCUGCUGACUUGAGCCAGAAUUCCUUCGUCAAGAAACCUGUCAUUUCUCUUAAGGUCUUCAACUGAUUGGAUAAGGCCCACCCACAAAGAACCAGCCACAAAAACAUACUCCUUCAGUUUCAUUAAAAACAGUUCAGGGAAAAAAAAAAAA